CAACCUGUUGACCCCUGUAGGUGCCUUGCCAACAGUUUGUUGACAGAGGGGGUCACGUUUCUGCACCACUUGUCGCGGUGGGGGACACAGCCUCCCGCCAUGUCAGGGUAAGGUGGGCGGCAACUCUCCAUACCUCCUGAGCUGAUCGGGAGAAAUGGAAGUGUACUGCAAAGCUGGAAACAGUAGAACACAUGGCCUUCAAGAUGAUUGAAUUCUGAAGACAAGGAAUUGACUGGAAAGAACUGUGUUGUAUAACUGUGUUGUGCCCACAAUGAUACAACGGAAAGUUCAUCCCAUUGCCGCCAUUAUCAAGUCAGCCUUGAAUGGCAACAAUAGCAACAACCAUAACCCGAACCGCCACGUUCACUUUGAGGAUCUUGAGCCUCAAGUCGUCGAGAUCUCUUCCACCAAUCAUGGCGACACGACUCUCAACAGACCACUGCCGUACCCGGCGCAUCGUCAGGGACCGCACCCUGUCGCAGAGCUCAUCAAGGAUGCCUUUAGCAAUACAGACUCGGACAGCGAAGAUACCGACUGCACAGAUGAUUCAGAAACCAAGAAUCAUGUCGCACCGAAGUCACCACAUCCCGGGCAUCACCUCACGGCUCACAGGAAUUCACUGGACAUCGCCAUGUUACACCAGAAACAGUCGGAAGGCCCCAUCCACAAGGUUCGACAGGACUCCCCCUCAACAUCCUCCGGCACCUCUCCCACUCCCACCCGUAAGGUCACAUUCACGAUUCCAACAGCUCUACCUCGGUCCCCUUCGGAAUCGUCACUCGGUAGUGCCGACGUCCCCCCAAGUCCUGUCAGUCCGCCGCCAAAGAUCGACGUCUUUGUCCCGCCAAAAGACCUCUCGCCGCCGCACGACGGGCGCGCGGGAGACCUGAAGGACUGGCGGGUGUGCGCGCUCAACUUCACGGUCCGGGACUUCCUGGAGCCCGCGGACCUUGUAGAGCCGUGCGUGUGGCGGGAACGGGUGGUGCCGUCUCUAGUGGUCAGGCUGUGGUCACGUGCCAGCAAAAGGUACCUCAGAGUUCUGGACAGCGGAGAUGUUUAUGGGAGAAGCAGUUUUGGUCCGACAGGACAUUUCCGGUUGAUUCAGGUGGGGCGUGUUUCUCCACAUCAGCCCGUAGUGAUCCUACAGUGCACCGCCAACCCUGACAGACACCUGGCGGUACAGCACAACCGACUGGUGGGGAAUGGUAAUGGCGGUCUCCAAAGUGAGUUCAUCGUGGUUCAGAAUGAAGCCGGCUUCAGCACGUUGGAGGCUCGGUGUGCCCCAGGUCAGUACCUCGGGAUCCGACCGAACGGCAACGUCAUGAAGCCCGCUGACGUCCCCGGAAGGAAAUCGAUGGAGGCACAGCUCGUCAUCCAAUCAGAAGCGGCCAAAAUCUGAUUCGUUUACAGUUUGUUUGGAUAUGUUUCGUUUCUGAGGCUGUGUUAGUAAUAGAUUUCAAUACAUGAAA